UUUCACAGUGUCCAGUGAGAAGCCUUCUGAUGAUGUGGCAGGUCUUCAGCAGUACCGCCCUCUGAUAGGCAACGAGAAUCUUCUUAGGGAUGGCAACUGUGAGGCCUACACUGUUCAGGGACGUCUCUUAGAUUGUGUGCACAUUUCGUCAGAGAAGCGGAAGACUUACUCAAACCUGGAGCCUGGGAAGAUUGCCCUGUCUCGAGGAGCAACAUCCUUGUAUUAGGAGGCCUAUAGAAAGCUUAUUCUUGUUUGAAACAAAAUCAUGACCACUAUGUAACGAUGGCAGGUGUGGCAAACGUGGAAGAGUUAUCUGAAAGUUCAGUUAAAAAUAAAUCCAAGUGACAUCAUCGACAAGAGGAUGCCCAGUGUUAUCAACGUGACAUUAACUUCAGACACCAAUACAUCAACUGAGUUAGAACUGAGUCGUGUUGAGCAUAUCAACAGUAAUUUACCAAUUUACACCAUAGAGGGUGAACAGAUUACUAAACAUAAUGUCGAGGAAGACGAGUUUGUUGCAUUUUACCAAGACACAAACCACCAGGCUGUCAUUCAUCUCGUUCGACAAAAUGUUACAGAUGCUCCGGACGAUUUUAUUAUAAAGAGAGGAGAGUACGUCGACAAUAACAUCAGAUACUCUAUUCAACCAAAUACCAGAGUCAAAAGGGAGGCCAACCAGCUUGACAGUACAGAUCAAAGCUAUGAAGUAAAACCGGUUUUAACUCCCUUGGCAACAAUGACAGACUAUGUUCUCCCUCCCCAGAGCGCCUAUGCUAGAACUGUCCAGUACACAAGCAGAAGAUCCAAUGAUAGCAGGACUCUGGAUCGAAGAAAACGCCAGUCAGUCUCCACCUACUACAUUGACAUAACAGCCUUUGUGGAGUUCAACAAUUAUAAAAUAUUCCUAAAUCAAGCUUCCAAUGACGAAGUAGUGGCUCUGAAGAAAGUGCAAGAAUAUUACGCUUUUAUUUUCACUGGGAUGGACCUUGUAUAUCAGAACUUUGAGGCCAGCAACAUUCGUUUGAGAAUCAAACUAACGAAAAUUAUUAUUUUUAAGAAUACUACGUCCUUUCAGUUGACCUAUAUGUCCACUGAUAUCAGCAGAGUGGACACUGAUGCAGUCUUAACAAGUUUAAAAACAUUCCUCGCUUCCAGCUCUGGGAGAGAUUUAAGUUUCCCAUACGAUCACGCCAUGCUGUUUGUUGGAGCUGAUCUCUGGAAAAGUAAUAUCGACAUCCUAGGAUUAGCUUGGCUGGAUACAAUAUGUUUAACUGAUGGUUACAGCUCGUCGGUCAUAGAAGAUUACGGAUAUUACUCCUCUUACUUAACAGCGGCGCAUGAGCUAGGACACAGCUUGUCAGCCAACCACGACGGUGAUGGUAACGCUUGCUCGUAUUCAGACCACUUCCUGAUGGCCUCCUCCAGGUCUGCUACUAAUGAGACCACCAAGAGAAAUCCCUGGAUGUUUUCUGAUUGUACCAAGAGCUACUUCACGUCUUGUAUCAAUACACUACUGGACACUACGUCUGGACGAACAUGUUUAUCUAACACACUAUCUGUUGUUGGGGACAUCCCAGAUGUCAGCAGCCGUCUGCUUGGUCAGGAGAUUCCAGCUGACAAACAAUGCCAGAUGAGAUACGGGACUGGGUCUAGUGAUUGCAAGGUACGUAAGACGUGGGCAGAGAUAUGUCAACUUUUAUACUGUCUCGAUCCAUCCACAUCGACCAAAUGUUAUGGAGUAAUAGCUUUGUCAGGGACAAGCUGUGGGUCCAAUUUGGUGUGUUAUCAAGGUGACUGUGUAAACAAUACUGUAACAGAUAUUUGGACCAACUGUACAGCGUCCAUGUGUCUGGACACACUCUCAAGCACGCACUGUCCACAGACAUGUAAUUACUCAACAUUCUCAACGGCAUCCACGUCCACUUUUUCUCCAUCAGAAACUACAUCCACGAAAACCUCAGUUGUACUGACAGCCAGCACGACAUACGCAUCAACGGUCAAAAUCUCUUCCAAAGCCUCAACACUGACCUAUACAACGUCUAAUUCUUCGGAAUAUGUGUUUCAGACGACAGCCGCAGUAUGUUAUGACAAUACAUCUUUUACCUACUAUGGCUUACACUGUCAAGGUCUUAUGCGGAGGUCGGAAAAUCUUUGCUACAAUGAAAUAAUAGAAACGUCAUGCUGUGAGUCUUGUUCUCUGCGAGCAACCUCAAUUGCAGGCUGUGAAUAUGGGGAUCGAGAUACAAAUUUCUGCCGGUCUAUAACCCCAUGUAGGGGUAACACCUACCAGUGCUGCUUAACCUGUAACAUUGCCUAUACAUCUGAUGUACACAGUAUUUUAUUGAUUUUUAUAUAUCUCACUCAACAAAUCAUUGUUUAGAAAAUGGUAAAUUAUUGUUUGCAUACUGAUUGUGCAAUGUUUUGAUAAUUUAAACAACGAAUUUAUUUUUUGACAGACAUUUAUUAUAUUUUACUUGUUGGAUUAAUGUUUUCUUAUGUAAAUAAAAGGACUGUGAUACAAACUUUAAAA